CUGCGUGUUUAAAGUAAACACACAAUGAUGACUUUAGACGUUUCAUGAUCACGCCCAGCGGAGUCCUUUGAGAACAUGGAUCUCGGACUGCCGAGUUCUGCGUGUAACGUUACUGAAACACAGUUCGGUCCGAGAGUGACAGUGAAAGAAGAAGACAUACAAGACGAGGAAUAUGGUCAUGUGAGUGCAUGUCAACAUGAAGAUGAGAAGUCCUUUGCAGAAUUUGACUGUAAAACGGAGACAGACGUCACAGAGUCUUAUUACAGUGAAACGCAACAGACAACAGCGGAGAUCGAAGUGAAGAUAGAAGAUGAAACACAACAGGCAACAGCGGAGAUUGAAGUGAAGAUUGAAGAAGACGAUGAACAAGAAGAUGAUUAUCUGCGGCAAAGUAUAUCUGAACACCCACACAUCACGGAAAAGGAGAUCCGUGGACAGAAUGAUCAACUCGACCUGCAACUCGAAGGAGCGCUGUACCCCUGCAUCAUUUGCAAGAAGUGUUUCACAGACUUGACAGAAUUUCAGAAGCACCAGCAAGCACACUCUGACGGCACGUCUCAAAAGCAGAACACUGGUAAAAAGCUUCAUGAAUGUGCCCAGUGUGGAAAAGUAUUUUCACAAAUUUCACAUCUUAACACCCACAAGCUGACUCACACUGGAGAGAAGCCUCAUAAAUGUGUGCACUGUGGAAAAUGUUUUUCUCAAACGUCAAAUCUGAAAUCCCACGUGUUGAUACACAGGGGAGAUAAGCCUCAUCAAUGUGCCCAGUGUGGGAAAGCUUUCACACACCUGAACUCUCUUAAAAUCCACGUGCUCACACACACUGGAGAGAAGCCUCAUGAAUGUGCUGACUGUGGGAAAGCGUUCAAGCGCUUGGUUGAGCUUCAGCGCCACAUGAUUGUUCACACGGGAGAGAAGCCUUACGAGUGUGUCCAGUGUGGAAAAGCUUUCCCACGAACUACGAGUCUCAAAACCCACAUGCUAACACACACUGGAGAGAAGCCACACACAUGCGUCUGGUGCGGAAAAGCUUUUUCACACUUGUUGUCUCUUAAAAAUCACAUGUCGACUCACACAGGAGAGAAGCGUCAUAAGUGUGCCCAGUGCGGGAAAGGAUUUUACAUGACUUCACAUCUUAAAACCCACAUGUUGAUACACACUGGAGAGAAGCCUCACAUAUGUGGCCAAUGUGGGAAAGCUUUUGCGCAGACUUCAAACCUUAAAUCCCACAUGCUACUUCACAGAUCACGCCCAGCGGAGUCCUUUGAGAACAUGGAUCUCGGACUGCCGAGUUCUGCGUGUAACGUUACUGAAACACAGUUCGGUCCGAGAGUGACAGUGAAAGAAGAAGACAUACAAGACGAGGAAUAUGGUCAUGUGAGUGCAUGUCAACAUGAAGAUGAGAAGUCCUUUGCAGAAUUUGACUGUAAAACGGAGACAGACGUCACAGAGUCUUAUUACAGUGAAACGCAACAGACAACAGCGGAGAUCGAAGUGAAGAUAGAAGAUGAAACACAACAGGCAACAGCGGAGAUUGAAGUGAAGAUUGAAGAAGACGAUGAACAAGAAGAUGAUUAUCUGCGGCAAAGUAUAUCUGAACACCCACACAUCACGGAAAAGGAGAUCCGUGGACAGAAUGAUCAACUCGACCUGCAACUCGAAGGAGCGCUGUACCCCUGCAUCAUUUGCAAGAAGUGUUUCACAGACUUGACAGAAUUUCAGAAGCACCAGCAAGCACACUCUGACGGCACGUCUCAAAAGCAGAACACUGGUAAAAAGCUUCAUGAAUGUGCCCAGUGUGGAAAAGUAUUUUCACAAAUUUCACAUCUUAACACCCACAAGCUGACUCACACUGGAGAGAAGCCUCAUAAAUGUGUGCACUGUGGAAAAUGUUUUUCUCAAACGUCAAAUCUGAAAUCCCACGUGUUGAUACACAGGGGAGAUAAGCCUCAUCAAUGUGCCCAGUGUGGGAAAGCUUUCACACACCUGAACUCUCUUAAAAUCCACGUGCUCACACACACUGGAGAGAAGCCUCAUGAAUGUGCUGACUGUGGGAAAGCGUUCAAGCGCUUGGUUGAGCUUCAGCGCCACAUGAUUGUUCACACGGGAGAGAAGCCUUACGAGUGUGUCCAGUGUGGAAAAGCUUUCCCACGAACUACGAGUCUCAAAACCCACAUGCUAACACACACUGGAGAGAAGCCACACACAUGCGUCUGGUGCGGAAAAGCUUUUUCACACUUGUUGUCUCUUAAAAAUCACAUGUCGACUCACACAGGAGAGAAGCGUCAUAAGUGUGCCCAGUGCGGGAAAGGAUUUUACAUGACUUCACAUCUUAAAACCCACAUGUUGAUACACACUGGAGAGAAGCCUCACAUAUGUGGCCAAUGUGGGAAAGCUUUUGCGCAGACUUCAAACCUUAAAUCCCACAUGCUACUUCACAGUGAAUAGAAGCACUACACAAUACAUGUACCACGUGAAGUGAAUAGAAGCACUGUAAAUGUACUCAGUGUGGAAGAGCAUUUUCACACGUGUUAAGAUGUAAAGCCCACAUGUAGAGACACACUGGAGAGGAGCCUCAUAAAUGUACCCAGUGUGGAAAACAUUUUUCACAAAUACAAUUCAUGUGCAAAUAAACACUUGAGAGAUGCCUCAUAAAAAAUGUGCCCAUGGAGAGUCCUUUGCAUGCCUUCAACUCUUAAGAGUUAGUCUGGCUACCAAACCAUCACCAAACUAAGAUCAAUCUUUACCUACGCCAAGGAGGUUAUGUUUUCUUCGGGGUUUGUUUGUUCGUUUGUCUGUUUGUCUGUUGGUUAGCAAGAUAACUCAAAAAGUUUUGGAUGGAUUUCGAUAAAAUUCUGAAAUGACCCAAGAAAGAAACGAUUACAUUGUGGGAGUGUUCCGUAUGACCGUCUUGAUCCAGGAGGCGGUUAUGUUUUCCCUUGGCGGAGGUCUGCGUUCUUGGAGUACUUUUCUAGUUUUAGGUUGAACAUAGUCUAGAGAGUCUGUGCUUUUUUACUACUGCACAAGAGGGGCGAUCACUGGGCAUAGUUCAAAUGACUGUACACUUGGAUAGUCCUUCGCCCAAUCAGACUAACGAUCCGGGUGCGUCUUUUGGAUAAGCUAGUUUGUGAUUGGAUCCAAAAGUCGUGGAUAGGAAGCAGGGAAGAUAGAUGUGCAGGUUUCCAGAUUGAGUUGCUGGGCUAAAUCCAAAUUUGCCAGCAGAUCAGGCAGGAUGCACCCAGCCAACUUAAAACCUUAAAUGCAAUACAAUCUUGCAUUUGCGGCCAGUGAUGAUCUCAAAAAGUCAGUCGUGACUUUUAUCGUAAUUAUUAUAAUCUUGAUUAUUUACGGUCUUUCUUUAUUCUAAUAUUUUGAAAUGCUGGAUUUUUGAUUUCCCAUGAGCUUGGAGCUGUACUGUUGACCUGACAGGAGCUCUAUUCGUUCACCUAGCAUAGCUAUACAGCAUGGACAUGGUGCGUCGCUACCGAGAAAACCAGCUAUGCACCUUCAAGAGCGGUGGCCCAACAAAUCUCACGAGACUCGUGAAUCAUUAUCUUGUCAGUAGAUACAGUUUUUGCCUGUUGUUAAUCCUUCAACUGGACAACAAGCAUUUUCAUUAACAGUGGGGGAUAAGUCAUGACAAGUUUGCCAUUUACAAAAGCAGAGUAAAAUUUAAAAUAUUGUUCUUGCAGUGAGUCUGAGGCACUCGAGAAGGUAUUUCUAAAAAGCCUCUAUUAAACUUGGCUAUCCAUUAAAAAUAAAUGCCACAAUAUAUUUACAGUAAUUUUCUGCAUAUAAGCCGCAGGACAGUGUUUUAUGCAAGUUAAAAGAAACAAAGCCAU